AAGUCUUGUCAUUCCGUUGUCCACGGUCCUGCCAUCACAUACCGAUCAUGACUAAAGGUCGUAUCCAGUUGUCUUGGCCUGCAACCUGUGGAACGGAGCGCAAGCCUCAUUCGCUGAAGAUGUUGUCCAAGACUCAUUUCAACCGGAGGGCACAAGAAGAUGGAGGAUGUCUGCUUGAAUCGGUCGGUGUCACGCCUUCUUCGUGGAUCGAUGUCGCAACCAAGAAUGAUCUGUCGAAGAGAUCAGGCAAUAUUGAAGUCCGAUGUUGAAACGGCCAUAAUCGACCCCUGGACAUAUGCGAAAGGUAUAAAGUCAGCCCUGAAUCCCAAUAUACCAGCAACACUAUCUCAACGGCACUCAAACAUUUCACGCACUCGAAAUUCAUAUUUGACUUCCUUUGCAUAACCCCAUGAUGAAUCAGAUCAAGUCCAUCGUUCAUCUGACGACCCUCCUCUCAGCAGCUACUCAGGUAGCUGCUCACGGCCAUGUGAGCAAUAUUGUCAUCAAUGGCGUCUCCUACCGUGGCUGGGACAUCAACUCCGACCCCUAUAAUUCGGAUCCCCCUGUGGUGGUCGCAUGGCAAACACCAAACACUGCGAACGGCUUCAUUACGCCCGACGCAUACGAUACUGACGACAUAAUCUGCCACUUGGAUGCCACUAAUGCCAGAGGCCACGCCGUCGUUGCUGCAGGAGACAAGAUCAGCCUCCAAUGGACCACCUGGCCUGACAGCCACCAUGGUCCAGUCAUCAGCUACCUCGCAAACUGUGGCUCAAGUUGUGAGUCUGUGGACAAGACAACUCUUGAGUUUUUCAAGAUUGACGGGGUUGGCCUCGUUGAUGAUUCCGAAGUCCCCGGCAUUUGGGGAGAUGAUGAGUUGAUUGCAGACAACAACACCUGGCUGGUGGAGAUUCCAGACGUUGCACCCGGAUAUUAUGUUCUUCGUCACGAACUGAUUGCCUUGCAUGGAGCUGCCAGUGAGAAUGGAGCCCAGAACUAUCCACAGUGUUUCAAUCUGCAGAUUACGGGGUCAGGGACUGCCGAGCCCUCCGGUGUACUAGGCACCGAGCUGUAUACUCCCACGGACGCCGGAAUUCUCGUCAAUAUUUAUCAGUCCCUGUCUUAUGAGAUUCCUGGCCCCACAUUGAUCCCCGAGGCAGUGUCUGUUGUUCAGUCGAGCUCGACGAUUACAGCGUCAGGUACGCCAGUAACUGGGACCGCUACAUCAACUGCGACAUAGUGCUUCGAUCUCUUCGGCGACUGGGCUUCGAUUAGGAGAUUAGCUGAAAGGAAGCGUUCCUUGAUUGGACUGUCAUGAUCUAAGCGGCAACGGGUGGUUGGUUUAGCUCUGUCUGAUUGCUUGGUUGGGGCAAGUUGCUGCUUAAACGUUCGUUUUUCUCAGGUUGGUAUCCGAGGCUGGCUGUAUCCUUGUUCACUCUUUUGCUUUUUUCAGGGAGAGAGAGAGCCGUUUGUACCUCCAAUUUGGAACAUUCGUUGGAUGGAGAAAGAUUUUCGGAACAAGUCCCCGUAGGAUUACUAUCAUGGAAUGAUGAAAUCGGCCUUUCUUUGAUGCAGUUUCAAAUGGCUUAACAAUAUGCCAGAAACCCACAGUUCCUGCCAAUAGCUAAAAG